AUGACGGCCAGUUCGACUACUCCGACCGCGGCCGCCAGUGCCUCGGCCCCCACAGCUACAGCAUCUUCAACAUCUACUGCUCCUGAUCUCCCGUCCCGUCCUAAUUCACUGAAUUCUGUUGUCAAUCGCACCGCCUCCAAUUACUCUCCCUACUCGGCCUCCCGGUUCGGCGCAAGCCCUUACGGCGGCUACGGAAGCUACUCGUCGCCGUACUCCCGCUUCGGCACGAUGGGCUCCAUGUACGGAGGCUAUGGCGGCAUGGGAGGAUAUGGCGGCAUGUAUGGUGGCAUGGGAGGCAUGGGGGGGAUGUACGGCGGCAUGCCCGGUGAUCCCAACGAUCCCAACAGCCUGACGAAUUCCUUCAGCCAGAGCACCCAAGCUACGUUCCAGAUGAUUGAGAGUAUCGUGGGUGCGUUUGGAGGAUUCGCUCAGAUGCUGGAGAGCACAUACAUGGCGACGCACAGCUCCUUCUUUGCCAUGGUUUCUGUGGCAGAGCAGUUCGGCAACCUCCGAAACACGCUUGGCUCCGCCCUCGGUAUCUUCACCAUCAUCCGCUGGUUCAAGACUCUGAUCGCGAAGAUCACCGGUCGUCCCCCGCCGGCUGAUGCUACCGCCCUCACUCCGUCCGCCUUUGCAGCAUUCCUCAGCGGCCGCUCCUCCCCCGCCACCCUGCCGGAUGGCACUCCCGCUCCCCCCAAGCCCUCCAAGAAGCCGUUCUUCAUGUUCCUGAUCGCCGUAUUCGGUCUUCCCUACCUGAUGGGCAAGCUGAUCAAGGCUCUGGCUCGGUCGCAAGAGGAACGUCGCCAGCUGAUGCUGGGUCCAAAUGGCGAGCCCGUGCAGGGCCAAGGCGCACCGCUUGACCCUUCCAAGCUUGACUUUUGCCGCGUGCUCUACGACUACACCCCUGAAGCCCAGGAGAGCUCCGGCAUCGAUCUGGCCGUGAAGAAGGGCGACAUCGUCGCUGUCCUCAGCAAAUCCGAUCCGAUGGGUAAUGCCUCGGAGUGGUGGCGUUGCCGUGCUCGUGAUGGCCGCGUUGGAUACUUGCCGGGACCGUACCUGGAGACUAUCCAGCGCCGCCCACAACAGCAAGCGAUCACCUCGGGCAGCGAAGCCGGCAGUCGCAGCAACUCGAUGCAGGCGAGCGCAUCCGAGGAGAUCGCCACGGAAGCCAAGAAGCCCCAGCUGAAGGGCAAGAUGGGUGAUAUUUCGCUUGAAAGCUUCCAGAAGAGCGCGUUCUACUCAUGA